CACUAUAAUAURCUUAAAAUAUAAUGUUUAGUGAUAGCCCAGUGAAUGUAGUUGGGUUUAACCACACCGAGACGCAUAGAAAAGGAAAAACUGAAAAAUCAAGUCAAUAUAAUGGACUGUUCACUGACGACAAAUCAUGUGAUACCAUUGAAGUAAAAACUGUUGAUACGCAGACUGAUGCCAUUAAAAACAUUGAUAUUGGAAAUGUUGAUCUUGUUGCAUUAAACAGUUGUUUGGAAAAYGGGCUAAGACUUUUAAAAACUGAAUGUUAUAGCUGGCCAAAAAUGAUUGGUUGUUUAGAGACAACUCAAAAAUAUAUAAAUGAUGAAAAAWCAAUUAAAGUAUCUAUAAAAGAACACCCUUCAUUUGGAACGAUCGCUUACGACACCAGUGUCCAGUAUGCUUUAAUAUCUAGAUUGCAAAAGUUAUAA